UGACGCCAUCAGGGAAUGCCGGGCGCUGCUGGAUGACGGUUGAACAGCAUGGCGGGGGACUUUGGAGAGCUCGGCAUCGGGGCCUGGCUUUCGGAACAGAGCGAACGGCUCGGGAUCCGGCAACCGACCCCCGUGCAGCAGCACUGCAUCCCGGCCAUUCUCCGGGGACAAGACUGUUUGGGCUGUGCCCAAACUGGCAGCGGGAAAACAGCAGCAUUUGUCCUCCCCAUCCUUCAGAAACUGUCAGAGGAUCCGUACGGAAUAUUCUGCUUGGUGCUGGCUCCAACCAGGGAGUUGGCCUAUCAGAUUGCUGAACAGUUUCGAGUCCUUGGGAAACCACUGGGUUUGAAGGAUUGUGUUGUUGUUGGUGGAAUCGACAUGGUCACACAGGCUCUGGAACUCUCCAGAAAACCUCAUGUUGUCAUUGCAACUCCAGGGCGUCUGGCUGACCAUAUCCAGAGUAACAACACUUUCAACUUGAAGAAAAUAAAGUUUCUGGUGUUGGAUGAAGCUGAUAGGUUGCUGGAGCAAGGCUGCACAGAUUUCACAACGGAUCUGGAAUUGAUUUUCAGUGCUGUCCCAGCCCAACGACAAACUCUACUGUUCAGCGCGACCCUCACUGACACAUUACAGGAGCUGAAGAAGAUUGCCAUGAACAAGCCUUUCUUCUGGGAAUCAAAGACAGAAGUUCGCACGGUGGCAGAGUUGGAUCAGCGUUACCUUCUGGUUCCCGAACGGGUUAAAGAAGCUUUCCUCGUGGAGAUUAUCCAGAAGUUUCAGGAUGAACAUGAGGAUUGGUCCAUUGUCAUUUUCACAAACACAUGCAAAAUGUGUCAGAUUUUGAACAUGAUGUUGCGGAGGUUCAACCUUCCAUGUGGAGCCCUGCACUCAAUGAUGAAACAGAAGCAGCGGUUUACCACACUGGCAAAGUUCAAGUCAAGCAUUUUCAAGAUCCUUGUGGCCACAGAUGUUGCUUCUCGGGGUCUCGAUAUUCCCACAGUCCAUGUGGUCAUCAAUCACAACACACCUGGGCUGCCAAAACUCUACAUCCACCGUGUUGGUCGUACAGCCCGAGCAGGUCGUCAUGGCAUCUCAAUCACUCUGGUCACUCAGUACGACAUUCACCUGGUUCAUGCAAUUGAGCAGGAAACAAAAAUGAAACUGAAGGAGUUUUCUGUAGAUGAGGAGAAUGUGCUCAAGAUUCUAACACAUGUGAAUGUGACUCGGCGAGAGUGCGAGAUUGAGCUUGAGUCAACUGACUUUGAUGAAAAGAAGGAAAUCAACAAAAGGAAGCAGAUGAUUUUGGAAGGAAAGGAUCCUGAUAUGGAGCUAAAGAGAAGAAAGGAGUUGGAAAAAAUAAAAGAAGGAAAGAGGAAAUUUCAACAGAGAAUACACGAGACUUUAGAGAGACAGACAGCAACUCGACUCAAACACAAGCUGCUGAAGAGGAAAAGAAAACAAGCAAAGAGAAGAGAACAACUUCAGAGUGGAGCUGGAAUCUCAUCCAUGGACAAAAGUCUUAAACCCGUAACCACGUCACAAGCUGCCCUUUAGUGACUAUUUUCUAACAGUGUCUGCUGCAGUGGAGAACUGAAUCAUGUCCUAAUUUCAAUGUGGUGUUAAAUAUAUCCAUUGUACAUA